AUGAUCGGGUUUCUAGACCAACUUCCAAUUACUUGGCUUCUGCUCGGCGGUGGACUAUGUGGUCUCAUUUACUUCAUUCGUCUCCACGCAAUAUGGCCCUUUGACAACGACGUCAGGCCGGCUUCGCGCGAGGAAUUGGAGCAUAUCCCCGAAGUUAGGUUUGAGGGAGAUAACAGUCCGGAGCGCCAACGGCUAGAAACGAAGUCUCUCCUUCAAAUUGGCUACGACAAAUACCUCCGCCACGGAUUGCCUUUUCGGAUUCGCCACCCUGUCGGCGAGCUAGGUUAUGAAGUCUUCUUGCCAUUGAAGUACCUUGACGAAGUCAAACGUGCUCCCAUGUCGCUCUUCAGCUUUGAGGCCUACUCUGAGAAGUCAGCCUUGCUUAACUACAUUCAUGCUCCGAGGCAGACGGAUGCCGCAGCACAAGUAGUGAGAGUAGAAAUGAACAGAAGUCUGGGAGCUAUGCUUGACGACAUCUGGCACGAAGGUCGGAUCUAUCUCGAGGACAACGUCCCUACGGAAUGGACCACUGUAGCCGUAUAUCCUUUCCUUUGCAGCUUCGUAUCCCGUGAUACAUCGGUUGCACUCGUUGGGACCUCGUUGUGCCGAAACACCAAAUGGCAAGAGAUCGUUAUUCAGACUACGAUUGCCACAUUCUCGGCAUCCAACAUUGUCAAAGACAAUUAUUCGCCGCGGUGGAGGUGGCUCGCUAACUGGUCGGAAUCAAUCCAACGUGAUCUCAAGAAGAUCCGCAAGGAUUCGCACGAGCUGCUCGCACCAUUGUACAAAGAGCGCCAAGAUGCCAUGGCAAACGAGGGAUAUUCUGCAGAUGCUUCAGCUCCGUACAGAGACAUCAUAUGGUGGCUCCUCGGAAGCAAGCAACCGGAUCGGUCGCUGACUGGCAUCGUCGAAUCGGAACUUUUCCUAUCUAUGACAUCCAUACAUACGACUUCUGCAACACUAUACUCUAUACUCUGCGACUGGAUAGCCCAUCCCGAAUACCACGAGGAUAUCAAAUGCGAGGUAAAUGAGUGUUUGGCCAAGGUCAAGGCUAACAACGGCAAAUGGACGCUUCAGCUCCUUGCAUCAAUGCGAAGACUUGAUAGCUUCUUCAAGGAGAGUGCUCGGGUGCACCCGUUGGGUUUCAUAUCGACUCAACGGUAUUCAUUGAAGCCGCAUACAUUCAAAGACGGGUUUCACCUACCGGCUGGUACAACUCUCAUGUAUGACAUCGAUGGCACCAAUUUCGACCCCGACAACUACCCCGACCCUCACACUUUCGACGGAUAUCGCUUCCUGCGUCUACGUGAGGAGGUCGACCCGAACCGAUUUCACUACGCUUCGGUCUCGGACACCGCACUUGGCUUCGGGGCUGGCCUACAUGCAUGCCCCGGCCGAUUCCUUAGCGCAGUCAUCAUGAAGCUUUUCCUGAUUCAAUUCAUGACCAACUACGAAAUCAGGUAUGAACGCGGGGGUAUCGAGAGGCCGCCUUCUAUUUACAACGACUUGGCCAGCAGGCUUGAUCCCACCCUCAAGGUUCAGGUCAGGAGGGUCGCGUAA